AUGAAUCCGUCGCAUGUUCGGAAACAGACUGGAAGUUAUGGAGCCGCAUUUUUCAAACACGAAACGCGUGUUAAAAACCACAAAAAAGUGCAGGCAUGGAGGGCUGCUUUGAAUGUAGCAGCUGGUCUUUGCGGAUGGGAUACAAGGAACUCUUGGUUUAUUGCAGAGUCGAAGGCUAAGUUUGUUAAGGAAAUUGUUGAAGAUAUUUUGGCAAAAGGAAUUCCAUCAAAUCUGAAUAUUUCGAUCCAUUCGCUUGGAUACAAUCUCAGUCAUGAAUAUCUAAAUCUCUUCUUGCAAUUAGGAGUUGAUGAUGUUUUGGUAGUGGGGAUUGCUGGGGAAAGCAAAAUGGGAAAGACAGUGAUGGCCAAAGCUAUCUUCGAUGGAACUUUUCAGGGUUUUGAUGGCUGCAGCUUUAUAAGUGGUGUGGGACAGAAAUCAGCAAAAACAAAUGGUCUAGUUCAAUUACAAAAACAACUUCUCUUUGAUCUACUAGGAGAGGAUAUCAACAUAACCAGUGUAACAAGAGGUACAGCUUUAAUGAAAGAAAGACUUUGUCACAAAAAGGUUCUUAUUGUUCUCGAUGAUGUGGACGAACUGCACCAAUUGUUUGCUCUAGUUGGAAGGAGAAAUUGGAUUGGUUUAGGAAGCAAAAUCAUCAUAACAACUAGGAUAUUGCCUUUGCUUCAUGACUUUGGAGUAGAUCAAAUAUUUAUGGCUCAAGGGAAUCCUCUACCACUUGAUAUCCAAGAAAUCUGGGAGCCGUACAAACAAAGUUGUCACCAAAUCGCGGGACUAAAGGAGUAUAUACAAAGCUACUCUUACUUGACCAAUGAGAAAGUGAAGUACCUUGAAGAAUGUUUGAUCAGAGAACGCAAGCAGGGUGAAAUUCAGGCACAGAUGAUACUUGAGCUGAAGCAUGCCUCAGUAGUUAGAUUUCAGAACUAA